AUGGACAAAGCGAGCAUGCAAGAUAUGUUUUCCAUGUAUAUUGAAAAUCGGAGUCAACUCUCGUUCAUCGAGUUGUAUGUUGAGUUUGAGCAAUCUGAGGCCGACCAGAAUAUUUUACGGGAAGAUUACAAUAGUGACAGUGAAGAAGAGUUCGAAAGCAACUACGAAUUUGUUGGUCCAAAUGAAGAUGGGGUUGAAGGUGACGGAGCUAUGGCUCCGGAUGUGUCUGACGUGGCAACUGCACUGGCAAAUGAUGUGCCGUUUGAGGAUCCAUCAUUCAUGCGAAUUUUGGAUUUAGAAGUCAUGCAUGUUCCGGAAUUUCCGGAUUAUAUCAGUACAGAAAUUUCUUAUGUCGCAGAUGAUGAAUUUGUCGUUGGGAUAGAAUUCAGUUCCAGGGAAGUUGUUAUUAAAGCGAUAAAAGAGUAUACUAUUCGAAGAAGCGUAGACUACCGGGUGUAUGAAUCUGAGCCGUUGACAUUUUAUGCGAAGUGUACACAGUAUAGGUCAGGGUGUGAUUGGCUUAUCCGGGUUAGCAUGAUCAGCCGUAAGUACUAUUGGGUUAUAAGGAGUUAUAAUGGCAGUCACAGAUGUACCAGAGCAACAAUUUCUCAAGAUCAUUCGAAGCUGGAUUCGACCAUAAUUAUAGAAGCAAUUAAGCCGUUGGUUGAGGCUGACCCCGCCUUAAAGGUAAAAUCAGUUAUAGCAGAGGUGCAAUCGAAGUUCAACUACACUAUUAGUUAUCGGAAAGCAUGGUUGGCUAAGCAAAAGGUGGAUGGGACUCACUUGUACGGAAAGUACAAGGGUUGUUUACUAGUGGCAGUGUCACAGGAUGGCAACAACAAUAUCGUCCUAAUUGUGUUUGCGAUUGUGGAGGGAGAGACUUCAGAUGCGUGGCACUUUUUUCUAAGUAAUCUUCUUCAGCAUGUUGUCACUCGGGAUGGUGUGGGACUGAUAUCCGACCGUCACAAAUCCAUAAAUGCAGCUGUGGAAAGGAGUAACGGGGCUUGGUCACCUCCUAGAGCUUUUCAUAUGUUUUGCAUCAGGCAUAUAGAGUCGAAUUUUCUGAGAAAAUUCAAGGCGCCGUACUUGCAGAAACUGGUCAUCAACAUAGGAUAUUCGAGGACGGUGCGGGAGUACGAGGUGCAUUACCAGCGUUUACGAGAACGGGGCGAGGCCUACAUUGACUGGUUAAACCGAAUCCCCCGAGAACAGUAUGCGUUGGCUUUUGACGGUGGAUAUCGAUGGGGUCAUAUGACAACGAAUCUAGUGGAAUGCAUCAAUUCAUUGCAUGCAAACCAACUUGCAUCAGGAAACAUUCAGGUUAGUUGCUUUGACCGGCAGAAUGAGGUCUUUGAGUUGUGUGAAAUGCCAAGUGGACUAGAGUUUGCAGUGGACCUACGUGGCCUUCGAUGUGACUGUGGUGAGUUUCAGAUGGACCAAGUUCGUCGGGUGUACCGAGCAAGGUUUAGGCCAUUAGGUAACCCUACCACAUGGCCUGCUUACAACGGACCUCGGUUUAUCCCGAAUCCGUUCCUGAGACGCGUCACGAAAGGUCGCCCCAAAAUGACGCGCUUCUUGAAUGAGAUGGACACGCGAAUGUUACGUCGGCCUAGGCGAUGUAUGCUAUGUGGAGCUGAGGGACACAGCCGCAGCAGAUGCCGUCAGCCAGGUGGUACAAAUGCCGACAGAGAUCGUCAGUAG